AUUCUUUAUACAAUCAUCAAUAAUUGUCAUGUCGACGUCUUUAUUGAUUCAAAGAUUUCCCACAAGGAGCGCUCACUAGUUCUUCAUUCUUAUCACAUUCAAUUAUGAGAAGGUCCCCAUUUAAUUUCAUAAAGUUGUGUAACCAGUAUAUCUUAAACCGUGGUUAUGGCCAAAUCAGGUGACUGGACUCCGGGCGGCGUGGUAACGUUAUCAAUUAAAUAUUUCAUAUCGAUGAUAAUAUAAAUUAUUUGAAAAAUUUCAAAUGACAAUAUUAUAAUAUUUCAUUUAUAUCUCAUAGCAAAAUGUAUAGAAUUAUAUACUGAAACUGACAAAUGCCACAAAAAAAUAAUUAUACUAGUAUAACAGAACCUAGUUUACUACUGAUUGAUAUUAAAGUAUUAAACACUGUUUUAUUUUGUUUAAUUCGUUAAAAGUCUACAUACUUCAUCUUACUUGACGUACUCAAUCGUUAGUUGUUCCAUGUUAUACAUUCUUAUUUUCUAAAUAGAAUUAUGGAGUUAGACGUGCAUGAAAUGACAGAUCAAGAGAAUAAGAAAAAGAUAAAGAAAAGCCAUAACUAUUGCGAUGUUUAUGGAUGUAAAAGUUUUUAUUUAACUGAUGGGUGUAUAAGUUUCCACCGAUUGCCAAAUUCAAACGAACCAAAAAUAUUAUGGAAAAAUAGCCUUGGGAUUGAAGAAUUGGUAAAUCGUCGCAGCAUUUGGACUGUCAAGUUAAAGCUAUCUAAAGAAGCAUUAACAAAAAAGCAAUUACUAGUGUGUUCAAAACACUUUACUCCAAAUGAUUACAUGCCAGGAUUCAAUAGAAUACGCCAACGUCUUAGGCCUUUUGCAGUUCCUUCUAUAAAUUUACCCAAAUCCUCAGUGAUACUGUCUUCGCCAAAAAAGAGAUUAUCUCCAAAAAAAAUAGUAUCUCAAGACCAAAUUGAGGAUGAAUGUCAUGAUGAAAAUUUGAACAUUAGCUCUUCAACAUCAAUUCAAAUGGACGAUGAUAGUUUGAAAUCCAAUCAGACCAAUGAUUUAACAGUUGCCAAUAAUAUUAUCAAUCAACUUAAAACUAUUCAAGACAACGAAACACAAGUGUCAAGUAAUGACCUUGUAGCUCCAUUGAGUUCUUUAAGAGGAUUCAAUAGAAUACGUCAACGUCUUAGGCCUUUUGCAGUUCCUUCUAUAAAUUUACCCAAAUCCUCAGUGAUACUGUCUUCACCAAAAAAGAGAUCAUCUCCAAAAAAAAGAGUAUCUCAAGACCAAAUUGAGGAUGAAUGUCAUGAUGAGAAUUUGAACAUUAACUCUUCAACAUCAAUUCAAAUGGACGAUGACAGUUUGAAAUCCAACCAGAUCAAUGAUUUAACAGUUACCAAUAUUAUUACCAAUCAACUUAAAACUACACAAGACAACGGAACACAAGUGUCAAGUGGUGACCUUUUAACUUCAUUCAUUUCUUUAAUAGAUAACAAUAAAAAAUUAAUUACCAUGACAGGAAUUUGUUCUUUUAAUGUUUUAAAUGAAAUAAUUGAUUUACACAAACAAUAUUUUUCUGAUAAAAGAACACAUAGACUUAAUUUAAAAGAGCGUAUUAUAAUGGUAUUUUUAAAAUUAAAACAAGGUCUAUCAUUUGCUAUUCUAAGUAUCUUAUUUAAUGAUGUAACAUCUGAAACUUGUCGUUUAACCUAUAAUUUAAUGAUCCCCCAACUUGCCCAAAUAAUGCACUCUUUAGUUUAUUGCUCUAAAAUAAAAAUACGACCACCUUUUUUAAGAAAUCAAACACAAUUUAGUAAAGAUGAUACUCCAUUAUCUAAAAUUAUUGUCAAAGCCAUGUCAUUGGUGAGAGACAAAAGUUUUGAAAAAAUCAUUAAAAUUUCAAAACAAAACAUGUCUAAUAAACUGACACAAAUUAUUGCAGCUCACAAUAAAUGUACAAAAAUUACACCAGAUAUGGUUGUUGAAGUUAAUGGUAAUUGGUUGGUUAAUUCUGAGAAAGACAUACAUACUCAAUAUUUAGUCGAAAAAACAACAUUAUCAUGUGAUUGUCUAUUACGUUGUAAUGACUGUAAAAUAUGUGUACACACUUAUAAAUGUACUUGCACGAAUAAUGUUAUUUAUUUUAACAUUUGUAAACAUAUUCAUGCAUGUGCUAAACAACAGACUGUAACAGAUUCAGAAACAGUACGAAAUGAAAACCAGUCUUUUCCAUUACCAUGUGAUUUAGCUGUUGAUAAUGGAUUUUUACAAAAACAAGAAGAAUCGAAGCAAAAUGAAAAUAUAAAGAAAAACAACGAAGAAAUUAAACACAAACUUGAAAUGAUACUUGAUAUGCAUAGCCGUACAAAUAUGAAUGAAGUUGAUCAAAUGUAUAUUAUUAAACAGUGCAAUAAUAUAUUGACAGUGUUAGGAAAAGAAAUAGAUUUUAAGAAAACAUCAAACUUACAAUUGACAAAGAAAAGAAAAAUUGAACCGCCAGCAAGAUUUUUUGCAAAUCAACAUCCAACUCUAUCAUCAAUUGAGGGUACACAAAUUAGAGAGUCAUUGAAAAAUUCAACUGAAGUUUUAACUAUAAGUACUGCACCAAUGUUUGAUCAUUCUUACUUUUAAAUAAUAUUUAAUUUAAAUUUAAACAUUAAUUACUGUUCUGUCAUUUGAUUUAUUUUAUUUGACAUAUAUAUGAUGAUUUACAACAUGACAAUGUUAAACUUACAAUUUUUUAAAAUGUAUAACUUAUUUGAAAUUAUUAUUAUUAUAAAUGUUGACUAGUAAUUUAUGUUUGUAUUGACAAUUUUUUAAAACGUAUAACUAAUUUGAAAUUAUUAUUAUAACUGUAAA